AUGAAGCAAUUGUUCAACUUCUCGAUCCCCAAACACAGCAGCAGAAACCCCAUCGAGUACCUGUACUCGCUCGAGCUGCUGGCCGAGAUCGUCAGAAUCGUUAGCACGGUGCACGCGAGCCUUCCGGAGGGGAGAAAGGCCUCGAAGGGCCAGCGGAGGGCGGAGCACGCUCUCCUCGCGAGCGACGGUAGCGGUGGGGGAGGAGCGCCGGGCCGCGUCAACGGCGACCGCCGCAAGGGUGGCGGCGGCGGCGGCAACGAGAAGGGGAGAGGGAANCUGUUGGAGACAGCAACGGCGCUGGAUAGGGCCGAGAUCGUCAGAAUCGUUAGCACGGUGCACGCGAGCCUUCCGGAGGGGAGAAAGGCCUCGAAGGGCCAGCGGAGGGCGGAGCACGCUCUCCUCGCGAGCGACGGUAGCGGUGGGGGAGGAGCGCCGGGCCGCGUCAACGGCGACCGCCGCAAGGGUGGCGGCGGCGGCGGCAACGAGAAGGGGAGAGGGAAUGGCGCGAAGGCUGGUGGCGGAGGCGGAGGCGGCGACGACGAUGCGGGUAGCAUGCGCGGUCGCUAUUUCCGAUGCGGCAAGAAGGGCCACCAGGGCUACAGGCACGACAAGAGCAAGUGCCCGACCGAGGAGGUGGUGCUCGUGGUGGAAGUGCCGGCGGGGGGGGCGUCUGUGGACGCCACAGCACUGGGCGUGGCAGAAGAGGCGCUGGUGGUCGGUGGCAUCUCAGGCGAGUGUCACAAAGUCGUUGGUCGAGGGGGAGUAGAGCAGGCUAGGAGGGGUAGCACCCCCGUUGACAUCAACGAUUUCCACUGCGCGCACGGCCACUCCCACGAGGUGCUGCUGAGGACCACGGCGAAGCAGCAAGGGACGACGCUGGUGGGCGAGCUCCGGGAGUGCCUGGGGUGCUCGACGGCGAAGGCGCUUUCCAAGCCCAUCCCCAACAAGACGUCGACCCGAGCAUCGCUGCCUCCCAUCGCAGAGGAGGAAGAGGAAUUCGCGAAUGAGGAGGACGAGGUUGGGGAGGGCGCGUCGAGCCAAGGUGGAGGGAGGACAAUGGGAGAACCUUGUCCUCCAACCUUGUCCUCCGUCCACAGAGUGGCUGGUUUUUGGAGCCGAAUUGAGGACGAGGUUGGGGAGGGCGCGUCGAGCCAAGGUGGAGGGACGAUAAUGGGAGAACCUGUGGAUGGAGGACCAGGUUUCAACCUGGGCACGACGGAAGCCCCGGGGCCCGCGGGGCCGCCCGCUCGGGUAGCACCGGCGGCGCCGCAGGCCGCGCCCCAGGAGUCGGGCGCGGGCGACGCUGGCGAUGGCGCCCCCUGGAGCAGGGAGGGCGCGAGCGUCGCCGCAUCUACCACGUCGACNUUCCUGCUGGGUACGGUGGACCUCAUGCUCAACUCGCCAGACGCCUUCGAGACGGCUCUGGCGUCCCACGAGCUAAGUGAAUCCCCCAUAGGACCGAGGCGAGAUGACGAGAAGGGAGGGGAGUGGCCGGUGAAGGAGGCUAUCGGCAGCAUGAUGUGGGUGUCAACGUUCUCGCGUCCAGACGUCUCGUUCGCCGUGCCUGCGGUGGCGCGCCACGCCCACGCCCCGGCGAAGAGGCACUGGGAUGCCACCCACAAGAUCCUCGGCUACUUGAAAGGGACAAGGGACCUCGACAUCACCUACCAACGGGGAUCGGGGUUAGGGCUGGCCGUGUACGUAGACGCUAGCUACGCCGACACGGAGGAUAAGCGUUCGGUGUCAGGGUUGGCGACGACGGUUGGAGGUACCGUAGUCAGCCAUGGUAGCAAGACACAGAGAAUCGUGUCUUUGUCUUCGCCGGAAGCCGAAUACAUUGCUGCCGGGGAGGGCGUUAAGGAGGCAUUGUUUGUGCGUGCGGUACUUUCGUUUGUUGUCCCAGAGACCAGUGGUAGAAGCAUGCUGGUCCUUGAGGAUAACCAGGGGGCCACAGCGUUGGUGCAGAACCCCCUCCGCUCAGGGCUNGUGUCUUUGUCUUCGCCGGAAGCCGAAUACAUUGCUGCCGGGGAGGGCGUUAAGGAGGCAUUGUUUGUGCGUGCGGUACUUUCGUUUGUUGUCCCAGAGACCAGUGGUAGAAGCAUGCUGGUCCUUGAGGAUAACCAGGGGGCCACAGCGUUGGUGCAGAACCCCCUCCGCUCAGGUCGCACGAAACACAUCGACGUGAGGUUCCAUUUCAUCCGCGGAUUGUUUAGGUCGGGGGAUAUUUCAGUCAAAUUUGUUCCGACAACGGAGCAACACGCGGACCUCCAACCCAAGGCCCUUAGCAGGGCUAGCCUGCAGUACCACCGGCGCAAGUUGAUGAAUUUGCCGGAGUAG